UCUCAUCGGUUCCCCCACAUCCUCAUUAUUCAUUUAGCCUUCCCCGCCCUCCUCUCCCCUCCAUUACAUCCACCUUUCUUCCCCAGCCGCCUUGACGAGUACCCAUCUAGCCAUCAAUCAAUUUCUCCACGCACCUUUGUCCCAACAUCAUGCAUCUCCUCUCCGUCAGAUACUUUCCAGAAGCCCCUCUUUCACCCACCCCGUGGGGAAGGUGUACCAGGGGACCACUUAUUUUAAUUCCACUAUUAUUUCUUCCCCUAAAAAUGAAUGUUGUCCACUUGCCUGGAUUUUGUGUGGUGGCAUUCCUGGAGGUACAGCAGUAAAAGGGGUCAGUAGUGCAUGCUGUAUUAGUCUCCAUAAAAAUCAAGUUUAGGAAAUCCCUCUGUAGACCUGCCAAGAGGCAAGGCCAGGGACUUUCCAAUGAUCCAGUUCAAUUAACAAGGUUUUUUAUCCACUUCAUCACGAGCUGCCUGAGCCUUUUUGGGCACUGAAGACCGUGCAUAGUUGGGGGAUAUCUGCUAAAUGUUGAGAUGGAGAGAAAAAAAAAGGCUAACCUCCCCCAUCGGGGUGUUCGCUCUGACCACCAGACUAUGAAACUUUAAUAGGGUCUAAUUUUCAAACCCCCUUAUAAUUUAUUACAGUGGCGUCUGAAUCGAGUCAUCGAAAAGAGUCCAAGAGAAGAGAACAUGUGCAGGGCGUUAGUACUGUGAGAGUUCAAUACAGCGGUGAUAGUUUCCAGAUAGCACAAUUAACGUGGAUAGUACUUUCUGUGUCCGUCACUCACUUAGAGGAGAAGUGCGACACUGUAGCAUAAUAUUUACACCUAUGGUGUGUCCUGGAUGCCAAAGCUUUAUUUCCCAAAAGGUCAGGAGUCCAGGUCAAAGUCCAAAGGCUGCUCAAUACUUUCUGUUGUCACUGCCAUUACUCAGACCUAAAGCUAUUUAAAGACCAAACGAGUCUAAAUGUUUACUGCAUGUCUACAGUUUAUGUGGUGAAGGUUCAGUUCACACGAAAUUGAAUUACAUCUGUGGAGUUCAGAACGCUGAUGUAUAUUUGAAAAUAAUCCGUUUUUUCAAAUCACUUUUUUUAAUCCAAUCAGCUUUUAAACAUCUAAAGAGAAUCUGUUUAAUGUCACGGUAGACUGAGAAAUGAGAUGCAUUGGUCGGAAUCGGCCGAUUUCCACACUCGCAGCCACAAGCUGAGGUUACUUUAGUGUGGAAGUACCUCACUGUGAGCAAAAGCCACAGACUCACCAAAGUAAACCGUCUGUAGCAACAAACCUAAUCAGACUCUUAAAGGUGGUUGUUUUCAAAAAGCUAACAAACCAGCAGCCUCGGUAUGAGCAAAGGAUCAAGGCAGGUUUGGGGAAAAUGAUGGAGAUAAUUGAAAGAGAGAACAGAGUCUGAGGUCCUGCUAUCUGGUGAAUUUAUACAUUUACUGGAAAACGAUGUAAGUAACAUCUGAUAUUUGUCUGUUGCCCCUACUUUUGUUUGUAUGGUAAAAUAUGUCAGGUAAAGUUUUGUGUACUAGCGAGUCAUUUUUCGUUAAUUAUUUGUACCGUUUCGCAACAGCACAGCACUUUGAGUUGUUUGACUGAGAGAAAUUGCUCUAACUUCCUGCAGUUUGGGGGAAGUCGUAAACAUUAACAAUUUAUCUUGUUUUGCAUCAAAAAACAUUUCUAUUACAGUGUUUCUUAAAGUCAGUUUAAAGAAAUGUCUAUCUUAAAACCAGAAUAUAAACAACACUUCUUGAUUAGAUAGCAGAGAAGUUUGUAAUUUGGGUCAGCUGACCUGAUAAGGAUCAGCUAUGGCUAUGUCGUGUGCUGAAAGGGCUCAAGUGGCCUGGCCCACAUUUGACCAGGCUCUACUCAUGAAGGAUAUUAAAAAAAAUAAAACGCAGCUGGCCAUCCAGAGUGUCUCAUCUGUUGUGCAACACUUAGCAAGAACUCAACCCUCCCUAUCCUGCCGGCCCUUUCCAGGCUGAGUCAGACAGCAAACAACGGUUUCAAAGGGUCUGAAAAUUGUCCUUUUUCUUUAGUUCUUGGACAGCAAGUCUGUGGAUUAUUUAAAACAUCAGGACAAUGUUUUACUUUUGGUGGGGGUAAAGAUACAAGGCGGUUUUAUUUUUAAACCUGUAAAAGUACAACAAAUGCCAAAUUUCCUUCUUUUGUAUUUGGGUUUUGACCUUAUCAGUAUUCUACAGAUAAAACGACUCGUCCACGUAACUAAAUAUAUCACAAGAAAGUAAGCGAGAUUUCUUUAUUUGUUUUUGAGUAAAGCGUUACUGACAGAGGACACUUGGAUUUAUUGACAGAGACAAAAGAAAACAGUGAAAUCAAGGAGCAGCAUACGCUGUGUACCAGCUCUUUAAUCCAGUAUUGAAAUUAAAAAUUGUAUCACAUGAAUUUUACAAAUUAUUAUUAUUAUUUUUUAAAUUUGUAUACUAGCAGGUUAGACUCAGACAGAUGUAGUCAUGACUCAUGUGACAUUACGUGUUGAGAAGAAGCAGCAUAUUAAAGGGGAUAUGAAAAGCAGUAACCUGAAGAUAGUCUGAGUUUUAAAUGCAACUAUUUUUUAUUUUAGUGUCUGUUUGAGUAUAUUAAAUUCUGUUCUAUAGCUGAAGGAUAGUACUUUUAUUUUAUUCUGUUUUAGUUUAUUUUAUUGUGUGUGUGUGUGUGUGUGUGUGUGUGUGUGUGUGUGUGUGUGUGUGUGUGUGUUAUCUUUCUCUGACCUUUAUUUUGGUGACACUGUGAUUUCCAUCCAAGGUUAGAUGUGCAGUUGACUAACAGUCUUUGGGAAGAUCUUUUGGUAGACUGUCAAAAAAAUGGAAUUUGAAUAGAAUUCAUAAAUGUAUUUGUACAUCUAGAUUCAGUUCUACAACAUGCAGGUAGACCGUACUGACAAAAAUAUUGCACUCUUACCUUUUACAAACAUUUGUCAAAUAAAUUGUUGUUCUAAAGCGCUCACUGAAUUUGCCACUUGCGCAACAAGUCAGUUUGUGGAAAUUCUUCUUUUCCAGAUAUUCCACGUAACAGCUGUUACUGCAGAGUGGAAGUAUGUGAAAGUGUCUUUUUGUUUCUUAAGUCUAUUUUUCGAGGUUUUGCUAUUCUGUCAUUUUUCUCUUCUCUUUAUUUUCUUUCUAUUUCCCCUAACCACCAACUGAUGGUGGCAGGUGGCUUCCCCUCUCAGGGCCUGGUUCUACAGGAUGUGUCUUCCUGUUAAAAGGUGUUCCUGUUUUUCCUCACCACUGUUGCAAAGUGCUUGCUCAUAGGAGAGACAUUGAUUGUUGCCAUUUUUCUCCAGAAUUGCAGGGUUUUUACCUUACAGUAGAAAUACCUUGAUGGGAGUACUGUUCUGAUUUCGUGCUACAUAAAUAAACCUUAACUGAACUGGAUUUAAUUCUUAGUCUCUUCAGGUUUUUUUAUUCAUUUGCUUUUCAUUUGCUGCACAGCCCACCAUAGAAACAUAUUAGUGAUCAGCCUGGUGUUGAGGUUGGUUGAAGUUUUCCACAUGAUGGCCCAUUGGAGACAGCUGAUAUAAGCUUUUGGGAAAAAACUUCUUAUCAUCCCUGUGCUAAUGUAUUUAUAUUAGCCUAAACAUAGCUAUGUAGCUAGCCACCAUGUGGCACAUCAUUAUAUGUAAGCUGGCCCAGCUUGACUAACCCUUUAAAUGUCACAGCUAAUGUGUUUUCUGUUUAGUAUUUUAGACAUACUUUGGUCAGAACAUGGUAUCUCAUCUUUAGGUAGAAACCAGUGAGAUAGCUUCCUGUUAACAUCCAACUCGACUGAACCCUUGAAUGUAAACUUUACUGUAAUAUCUGGGAGAACAGCCGCAGUGAUCAUUUUAUUACGGCUGAAAAGAUCUUUCUCUCUGAGUGAUGGCUCAGAGUUUGAUUGAUUUGGAGAACUGAAGCAGCAUUGGACUGGGAAAUGGCUAAUGCCAUCAGAUUUAACAAAGGGAUAGAUCAAUGCCUGCCAUAGUUCAAAGUAAGGGAUAAAUUAAAAUAAUUUGAAGUUGAUCAAAGCAAGCUAAAAUCUACUAGAUGGAUAGAUUCAUUUGUUUUCUUGGCAAAAAUGUGAAAAAAGACAACAAAAAGAUAUUAGCUGUCAAUUUUUUUUGUAAAGAAAAGUAUGAGCUUGAAACUUGUUUUUGGUUCAUCCCUAGUUAAGAAGGAAUUUAUUUUAAUGAUUUUGUUUAAAGAAAAUGAGUUUUCUUAAGAUUGUGAAAACCCUGAUUCUCACUUUGGUAAUUAUAACCAAAGUAAAGCUGCCAGCUGGCCAUUCAGAAAGAGAGUAACAGAGUGGAAAUUAGAAUAGGGAUGAACAGAACCCCUGUCUUUAGGUUACUAGUCUUCUUGGAUUUACAUGUUCAACUAUUCACUGCAAUCAGAUGGUAAACAACAGCCCAAGAAUGAAAUGACAGGUUGUUGAAGUGGAGUGCCGCUGAACAGAAGUGAGGAACUGAUUAUGACAAGGACGAAUUCAUUCAUGAAUUGACUGACUGUUUUUUUUAAAGGUGAGCUCAUAGAAGAUCCUGAGCAUCAUUGCUGUAAGAGCCAAACCACAGUGGCAGAAAAAGUGCUGUGCAGUUUAUGGAAAGAUAGCAAUAAAGAAAGAAAACAAUCGAAAAUGGCAAAUUUUAAUUAAAAUGCAGUUUUAAAAAGCUGCAGGGGAGAUGCUUAAGUUAGGAUUGCCUUUUAUUAAUCAUGCAUUAGUUUGGCUAUGAUACCAGAAAUGCAAAUGAUGGACUACAUUGUGCUGGAUACUUUACUGAUGGUAUUUUCAAACUUGAUGUCAAAAGGAGGGCUUUAUGGAUGAAGGUCCAUGAUUGAGGAGAUCAUAAGGAGAUUGUGUCUGCAUUUUCAAUGAUGACUUCAAUAGAAAAUAAAUUAAAAAAGGAGAAAAAAAACAUUAAAAACUGAGGUGGAUUUGCCUUGUGUGACUCAGUUGUUAUGAAGAACAUCCAUGAUGGUCUCAGUUCUCAUAUUUUAAACACUGUUGGAGAUUUUUGGGAGCAGACAUGUGCUCUUAUGAACUAGAGUUUAAUGACUAGUGAGUUUGUCCUACACCUAAAACAUAGUGAGCAUGGCAAAGCUACAUUGUUUGUUUAGUGGGUGUGGUUUUUGACUCCACCUCAAAUAUAAAAUAAGGUACUAACUGUCAAACUGGUUAUAUUUAGUUAUGUUCCCAUAGAGUGCGUUGCUCUAAGCUGUUCUACAGAGCUCAGGUUAAAUCAACUAAAAUGAGCCUGGAUUGGAUGUUGAAUAGACAAUAGACAUUAAUAGACCAUUCUCCAGGAAAAUUGAAAACAUGAGUCAGUUGUGGGCAUCGCUGUAAAGAGAAGUCAUAGCUGCCGGACACGUUAUUUCCUCAACAACAUAUCUUUUAUGAUUUUAAUUUUUUUCUAACAGCUGUUACUUCAGCAAUUAGAUUUUAACCCUGCUCUAAGCUGCAUCGGGGGGCUUCAGACAUUCCCCUGACUCCACCAGGAGGCUAGCUCCAACCUGUCUGCCAGCUCAGAUAACCCUCUGAUUGUUGACAACCACAUGUUUGCGGUUUCUGUAUGUGACCGCCGCCGCCGCCCAUUCUCGAGCAGCAGCAACAGCCUCCUGCGACCCCAGCCUGCAUCAUGCAGUGGAGACGGCGGCACUGCUGUCCCAUCAAGAUGACCUGGACCGUCAAGCGCUCCCUCUUUCGGACCCACGUGGCCGGUCUCGUCUCGCUGGCCCUGCUCUUCGCUGUUUUCUUAUUUUUCAGCCACCAAGACUGGCUGCCAGGGCACAGCGGGCCUCGCGAAAACCCGCUUGCCUACACUGUCAGGGGCCUCCGCAGCCCCAAGGGAGAGGCGAACCAGACCAACUCCCUGAGGGGCCUUUGGAGGGAAACAGGGAAUGUAGCACCAAAACCUCUCCUUAACCUCAGCUCUCAGCAGGCGGAGGGGGCAGCAGGAGAGGCAGCUGGCGUGGGGGGAGGAGGAGCCAGAAUGGGUGUAAUGGGGCUCGGGGACUCGAUGAGUACUAACAACACACUAGAGAAGGAGAUGGGUGUUGGCGGGAGGCUUAGCGCCCAGCCCUAUCGAUACAUCCUGAACGAGCCCUUCAAGUGCAGAGACAGCACACCCUUUCUCAUCCUGCUCAUAGCCGCAGAGCCAGGACAGGCCGAUGCCCGCAAUGCAAUCCGCCAGACGUGGGGAAAUGAGAGUGUGGCGAUGGGCCUGGGAUUUGUCCGUCUUUUCCUGCUCGGCACAGGAAAGAGCUCGGACACCCUCCUUCAGAGCAGAAUCGAGGAAGAGAGCCGCGUUUACCACGAUAUCAUUCAACAGGACUAUCAGGACACUUACUACAACCUGACCAUCAAAACUCUGAUGGGCAUGAACUGGGUAGCUACCUACUGCCCACAUGCUUCCUACGUGAUGAAGACAGAUAGUGACAUGUUUGUCAAUACAGAGUAUCUCAUCCAGAAGCUGCUGAAACCUGAGAUGCCUCCGAGGCAGAGGUAUUUCACUGGCUACCUGAUGAGGGGCUAUGCACCAAACCGAAACAAAGACAGCAAGUGGUACAUGCCACCAGAGGUGUAUCCAAGCGAGCGCUACCCGAUAUUCUGCUCAGGCACGGGGUACGUGUUCUCAGGGGACAUGGCCGAGCUGAUCUACCAGGCCUCGCUCAGCAUACGCAGGCUGCACCUGGAGGAUGUUUACGUGGGAAUCUGCCUGGCGAAGCUGCGCAUCGAACCAGCACCCCCUCCCAACGAGUUCCUUUUCAACCACUGGCGUGUGUCUUACUCCAGUUGUAAGUACAGCCACCUUAUCACAUCACAUCAGUUCCAACCCAAUGAACUCAUCAAGUACUGGAACCACUUGCAAAGCAACAAGCACAACGCAUGUAUCAACAUGACCAAGGAAAAGAGCGGCAGGCACAGACACCGGAAGUUCCACGGAGAGAGGCCUCCGUGAUGGAUCCUGCGAUUACACCCCACCUCAAAAAAAAAAAAGAAAGGUGGGAAGGAUAGAAGAGCUCAGUGUAACUACAGAUGGUGAAGGGCAUGUUGAACUCUCAGCACUAUACCUUAUAGGGAUAAGCACAUUGUUUUUGGUAUUGUGUACAGUUGAUUCAAACUAUUUUUUUAAUCAAAAAAUGAAAAAGAUAUGUAUUGUAAAUCUAUUGAGCUAUUUCCAAAAGGAAGAAUAGAGGACAUUUCUGUGUGAAAUGGAGCGUGCUAAAAAAAAAAAAAAAAAAGCUGCAGCUCAAGAGUGGUGUUUAUGAUAAUUCAGGUGCCAACGGAAAGGUGGUAAUUUAUGCUCUUCUCUAAAGGGUAGUACAGUAUGUCACACUCUACGAAUACACAAAAAAAACAAAAGAAAAAAAAAGAAAAACAUUAAGACACAAGUGUGUUUACAAAGACAAAGGGAAAUGUACAUGUACUAUGUCAAAAAGUUAUACUACCUAAAUAUGAAUGAAUGAUAUGAACCUUUGACGUUGACCAGUUAUGCUGCCCUGUUUCUCAGUGUUUACUUUCCAGAUCUAUCAAUGAAUAACACCCUAAAGAGAAGGUUUAUCUGUCAUAUACUGUAUUUUAUUUAAAACGAUCGACAUGAACGCACCCAGAAUCACAUCAGAGAUGACUGAGAUUGUAUUUUUUAAAGCUUUACAUUGACGAUGACUCUGCACUUCAGCAAAUGUGCAAUGAAUCAGUUAACGAUUAAACGUUCCAAAAUCACUCUGUG